GUCACGGUACAGACGGAGCCCCAGCCAUCGGUCGCCAGUCUAUUCAACACGCUUGAGGAGGCGCUCGGCCUUGUAACCAUGACGACGUUUGACGCUCCGUCAGCCCUUGGCGAGGAUCAGCUGACGGCGCUCCUGCAGAGUCUUCCCCGCUUGGAGGAGCUGACCGUCAGGGUACCGUCCUUCGGAACGGGGCGGUGGCUGCGGCUGCUGCCGACGUCACUGAGGACGCUAUACGUUGCCGGGCCGGAGGUGACGAAGCCGAGGUGGCCGGGACGGUACGGGAGUGGUCUGUCGGUAUCUCUCCAGGGGGUGGCUGCCGACACCAUCAGUCACCUGGCCACGGAGCUGGGGUCACGGAUUACGCUACUAGUCACGGAUGCACAAAUUACUACUAUCCCAAGUCAACUUCGUGGUGCCAUCAUCAGGGUGGAGCCAGACACUGUCAUCCUUCCGGCCGGAGUCGGUGACAGCGAGCUGACGGAGCUGCGGAACUCACGGAAGACUGUGAAACGCCUGUCAGUCUCCGCCGCCGACCUCCCGCGACUGAGGGGGCAGCUGCCGGAGGGCCUCAAGCGCCUCAAUAUCAGAGGGCCGGAGGUGACGGAGCCGAGGUGGCCGGAAUGGAACCCGUUGGUUCGUGGUCUGUCGGUAUCUCUCCAGGGGGUGGCUGCCGACACCAUCAGUCACCUGGCUGACCUGAGACGGACGGUCACACUACUGGAGAUAUACGAUUGUAAUGAUCUCACGACCGGCAGCCUGGAGCCCCUCACCAGACUGGUGAAGUCGUGUCGGCAGCUGUGUGUUCUGUACCUUCACUGCACGGCAGACACCGGCCGGGCCGUGCUGACCGCCCUGAAGGAGGCGGACCUGGGCCGGGAUAGUGAUGGCCAGCCCCGUACCAUCUGUCUCCGUGUCCCCGAGGAGAUGUACUGUCAGCUGAAGAGCCAGGCUAGUUAUCGGGUCUGGGUGUAUGAGUGGGAGGAUUGA